AUGUCAUUUAAUAAAUUUUUAUCGACUAGCACAAAUUUUCAGACUUCGCAUGCAUUUGCUGAAAGCAACAAAAAUAGUGAGGAAUUGAUUGGUAUUCUUUUUGAAAUUACUAUUGAUUGUUCAAUUUCAUCGACACCAUUUGCAAACAUUAGUCAUAUGAGUCAUUUUCCUGAAGAAAAUGAAAUUCUCUUUUCGACACAUACUAUUUUUCGAAUUGGCGACAUUUCGGAAAUGGAUGAUAGUCAACAGUUCUGGCGCGUAAAACUCAUGUUGACUGGUGAUAAUGAUGAUGAACUCAAUGCGCUUACAGAGCGAAUGCGAGAGGAAAUACAAGGAUUAACAGGUUUCCAUAGACUUGGUCAAUUGCUUAUUAAAGUUGGUGAAUUUAAUAAAGCCGAACAUGUGUACAAUAAUAUUGUCGAAACAACAACAGACGCUUGUGAGAAAGCCCUUAUUUAUAAUCAAUUAUGUCAUAUCAAAGAUAAUUGUGGAGAUUAUACGAAUGCAAUCGUAUUUUACGAGAAAUCACUUGAAAUUCACCACGAUCAACAACCUUCAAAUGAUAUUAUUUUAGCUGUCACAUACAACAAUCUGGGUUUAGUCUAUCAUAAUAAAGGAGAAUUUCCAACUUCAAUUUCAUUUUAUGAGAAAACACUUGAAAUAUAUGAGAAAAAUCCAACUGAAAGUUAUUCAAAAUUGGCAUUAACGUACUGUAAUAUACAGAUUGAUUACGUUAUUUUUAAUAGUUUUGUGUCGUUUGCUGUAUAUAUGCAAUAA